AUGAAUCUCCAAACCGCAAUCGAGUCUGCGAUGCAGACAAUCACGGACCUCAAUGACGAAUGGUAUGAACUGCCUGAGCUGAUUGAAGAAUCACUCCUUGGCGAAGUCGACGUCGAAACUGAGCAAUCAACAAACCCAUUGAGCGGGGACUGCAAAGAUGAGCGGCGGUUUCAACGGCAAGAAGGUCGGCAGCCUGUGACAUACUGCGUGAUUCUUGCUGACGGAGAAGCAGUUUUGACCGACGCGCUGUUGAAAAACAAAGAAGGUCACAUCGUAGAUACGGUUCGGCGCUUCAUUCGCAACGUUUAUUACUCGCAUAGCCUUCUAUUGAAGAGCGCAGGGGUAACCUCAAGUAGCAUCUGUCCUUACGACCUAAAUCCUGCAGCUGUUAAGGCAGAACUUCGUAGAAUCAUGGAUCAAUGUCGCAGACUUCGCGAUGACCAUCGUGUGUUCCCGUCGGAAAUGCUCAAGGACAAGUUUCUUGAUACAAUAGCCCUGCUUUCUGGUGCUAUGUUAUCGAUUGAGCAAACUCGUACGAAACUUCUCGAAGUAAAAGAACAAGCAUACAGCCCCGUCACUGAUAUGCAUCAGCCAUUCAGCAAUCUACUCUUACCAACUCCAAAAGUCUAUGCCAUGCCGGCAUUCCUACCGGAUAAGCUUCAUGGAAAGCAUCCAUGGAAUAACUGGCUGGAUAACUCAGCACAGCCUGCACCUGGAUGGAUUGCUAUACAGCAGAAAAUUCCCAAAGCUGGCGAGAAGUUGAUGAGGAAAAUCGUGCUUCUAUAUGAUGCAGUUCAAGAACAAUUUGACGAGGACGUUAAUCAGGACCAGUCCCUCGAGCACGAUGACGGUAUUCCUGCACCUGGAGACUCUUUUCGGCAUAUGACAUGGUCUGGAUUCUGCACAUUUCCCUCAUAUAGUCUGGGAUUCAAGAGUGGCAAAAGAAAGCGUUAUGAUUUUGACGGGAUAACUACACUGGAGCACUUCUCGAGAAUGUUAUGUAUGCAUUACAAGGGAGCGGGGAUGGAGAUUGGGACCGACAACUGUCCAUUUUUCAGAUUUGCUAUGGCUUACAGAAAGCUCAAGUGA